AUGGUGAAGGAGCAGUUCCGGGAGACGGAUGUAGCUAAGAAAAUGAGAACUUGUCUGAAUUUGUUUAAGCGCAUCCCCGCUGAAGAUGUCCCUUUACUUCUGAUGAACCUAGAAGCUGGAAAGCCCUCUGAUUUACUUUUGGUGCCUUCCUUGUGUAUCAGACCCUCUGUCAUGAAUGAUUUGAAGUCUGGAACCAAUGAAGAUGACUUGACAAUGAAACUGACAGAGAUCAUUUUCCUAAAUGAUGUUAUUAAAAAGCACCGGAUCUCAGGAGCCAAGACGCAGAUGAUCAUGGAGGACUGGGAUUUCCUGCAGCUGCAGUGUGCCCUCUACAUCAACAGUGAGCUCUCUGGCAUCCCCCUCAACAUGGCCCCAAAGAAGUGGACUCGAGGCUUUUUGUUCCUGAAGUAUGGAAACCGGGAAAAGAUGGCUCAGGAGCUCAAGUUCGGUGACAUCGUAGAGAGACACCUGAUAGACGGAGAUGUGGUGUUGUUCAACCGGCAGCCCUCGCUGCACAAACUGAGCAUCAUGGCCCAUCUGUCUCCCACCCUGGGGAUAGAGCCAUGGAAGCUGACCAAGUAUGAGCUACUAAAUGCUGGCUACAAGAAGUGCGAUGAAUACAUUGAAGCCCUGAACACAGGCAAGCUGCAGCAGCAGCCAGGCUGCACUGCUGAGGAGACACUAGAGGCCCUGAUCCUGAAGGUGCUGUCUGUGAUCCAGGACCACCCUAGCAGAGCCUGCCUCCAAGAGCUAGACAAGAGCAACAGUUCCUUCACCAUGGCCCUGUGUGGCUCCAAAGACAUGUCGGGACACAGGGUUUCACAAAUGCAGCUAGUCUUGACUGUGCACUUGGCUUUGUCCUUCCAGUCUUGUGUGGACCUUAUCACCCCCACCCAGAAGUUUCUGGAGACCUGUAGGGACAAGUACAUGAGGGCACAGAUGGAGCCAGGCUCUGCAGUGGGUGCACUCUGUGCACAGAGCAUUGGUGAGCCAAGCACCCAGAUGACCCUGAAGACUUUCCACUUUGCAGGGGUAGCUUCCAUGAACAUCACCCUGGGUGUGCCAUGGAUCAAAGAGAUCAUCAAUGCUUCCAAGGCCAUCAGCACUCCAAUUAUCACAGCGCACCUAGACAAGGAUGAUGAUGCAGAUUAUGCACGCCUGGUGAAAGGCAGAAUUGAGAAAACCCUCCUGGGAGAGAUCUCAGAGUAUAUUGAAGAAGUGUUUCUUCCUGAUGACUGCUUUAUUCUCGUCAAGCUUUCCCUGGAACGGAUCCGACUUCUGAGACUGGAGGUGAAUGCUGAGACAGUGCGGUACUCCAUCUGCACAUCCAAGCUCCGAGUGAAGCCUGGUGAUGUGGCUGUUCAUGGUGAGGCCGUGGUGUGUGUCACCCCCAGGGAAAACAGUGAGAGCUCCAUGUAUUAUGUGCUGCAGUUUCUGAAAGAGGAUCUACCCAAGGUGGUGGAACAGGGCAUCCCGGGGGUGUCCAGAGCUGUCAUCCAUAUCAAUGAGCAGAGGGCAAAGGGAAAGUUUAAGUGUCUAGUAGAAGAUGACAGCCUGUGGGAAGUCAUGGCCACCCAUGGUAUAGAAGGUACCCAGAACACUUCCAGUAACACCUAUGAGGUGGAGAAAACUCUGGGCAUUGAGGCUGCCCGGACAACCAUCAUCAACGAGAUCCAGUACACGAUGGUCAACCAUGGCAUGAGCAUCGACAGGAGGCACGUGAUGCUGCUCUCCGACCUGAUGACCUACAAGGGUGAAGUCCUGGGUAUUACCAGGUUUGGCCUUGUUGGUCUGACUGACAGGUAGGGUGGAAGCAGGACUAGUCCAGCUGGUCUCCCCGGGGCUGAGUGGGAUGGUGAGUGUCAAUGGCCCAGACUUCCCCUGUCCACUGGAGAGAAGCACACUGAGCCAGGAGUCUUGUCAAAGCAGGAAUUCAUUUUAUUGCAUCAGGAGUGGACUUACAUAGGUCGGGGUGAUGAGGGAUGGAGUGAGGGUAGCAGGCCAAUGAGAUGAUGCCAUCUCAGCAGUUACUAGGCAGAGGUUAUUCUAGAUCAGGUUGAGCUGAGUCACUCAUAUGCCAAAGUCAUGUCCAAAGACAGGUCACCAAACUCAAGCUAGGCUCAGGAACUUACACUGGGCCUCACGCCCAGCCCUUUUGUUUUUUGUAAGACAUGGGCCCCCCUGUCUUAGGUUGUCCCCCACUUGGAGAUCUCACCCGUCAUUGAGUGCCAUGUAUCGUGAAUAGGAGAGUAGGGUUCGCUCCAUGACCCGUCUUAGGUCAUUUCAGCCUGUCUGAGAGUUUACCUGUCAUUGGUCAAGUGGAGAGCAGAAGAAGGGCAUUUGUAGGAGAAUAUCCAACCAUGGGAAGGACCAGACUCCUGAGUGGCUAAUCUUUGGUAAUUUGUACCUCCACCUGAUUUAUCUUGAUCGCCUCCAGUUUCUGGUGGAUAAAUUGUGUGAACUUAUUGAACACACAAGGCCCAAUGAUGAGAAGAAUAAGGAGAAGGAAGGGUCCAAGGAAGGGAAGUAGGUAGGGUAAGAAUCCAUGAAGGCCUGUCUACAGAGGAUUGUCUUGAAACUCCCGCCAUCUCCUUUCUAGGUCUUCCUGGAGCCUCUUUAUCUUAUCCUGGACAAUCCCCGACUUGAUAGCAUAGAAGCAGUGUUUCUCCUGUAAAAACAAACAAAGACUCCCCUUUUCUGUAGUUAGCAGAUCUAACCCCCUCCUAUUCUGGAGGAUUACCUCAGCCAGAGAGUCUAACUGACUCUACAGGUCAAGAAUGGUGCUGGAGAUGGCCUUUACAUCAUCAACUAACUGAAUGGAUAAUUUUCUGAAAAGAUGUGUGGACAGGCCUAUCCCGGUGGCUCCUGUAGCCAUGCCUGCAGUUACUCCCGGGCCAACAAGGAGAGGUAUCAUUUGAAUGGCUCUCUUAGACCUUCCUCCUAUAUAGUCAAAAGAGGGUACUGGAAGAGCCUCAUCACCAGGACAACAUCCACAUCCGGUAUGAGUAUGGCAAGGGCCCAAAGGCCUGUCCAUGUCCCAGGGAGAAAGCUAAAAGCCAUUCCUCCUCCACACACAGAAAACAUUCCCAUUGGGGAACAUACCUGCUUAAAGGGGGGGGGGGGUAGUGUGGUUGCCAGCACAAAAGAAAGAGGAGACCUGGCCCACUCAGUGGCAUUUUUACCAUUUCAUGGUGGAGCCCAGAGACAGGAAUUAGUGGGCAAAACAUGGAGGGGCUGCACCUUAAUAGGUGGGGUAGGGGAACAGCCGGGUGGGGGGACAGUAGAGGAAACAUCAAUUUAAAAAAAUGUAAAGUUGGAAUGGGAAAUAUUAAUAGGAAAUGCCAAUGGUCGCAGUGGCCCUGGGUGGAAGCAGAGCCAACAAUUUUUCAAAAGGGAGGGAUUGAUCUGAUUAAGCAUGGAGAGGAUAGCCUGGGCAUCAGGGAGGGCUAAGGGGUGGUAGAAGAGCUCGGGGAACUCAGCUUUAAGCAAUUGUUCCACUCUCUUUUGGGUCUAUAAUUCCCACAACUGGUCCUGCACUUCUUCGCCGUCAGAGUAACCAAUGGGGGCCUCCAAUUCCCAGCAAACAUGGUAACCAGAGUGGCCGAAACAGGAUUCAGUUCCCCGCUGGGUGCCUUCCAAGGCAGAACCAAAAGUACCCAAAUGGCCAAUGCCAUUUCUGAUGGCAAUCCAGUAGGUCUUAUUAUCAGUCUUUCUAAUGCAUUCAUGCACCAUGGUGUAGCAGGUGGCAUGCAUGGAUUGGUAAAAGGAGGUGCAGGGGCAGGGCCCAGGUUUGCCAUUUACCGUAGGUAUGAUUUUAGGCUUCUCUACACAAACCCAUUUAUGUGAAGCAGAUCCAAAAACAGUGGUGCCAGUACAAAUGCUGAGGUAUGCAACUUUACCACCACAAUCUGCCAUGCUCAUCAGCUGUCCGGACUAUGGUGAGGCUUUGAACAUUCCACCACCACAAUCACAGGGUUUUCCAUAUAUCAAGUUCAGGGUUUCUUGUGCAUCAUAAGGACCCCAAAACCCUUCUUCACCAAGCUGGGCAGUCAACAUAACCAUCAGGAUGAGCAACAGCAUCUGCAUCUUUGGU